AUGCUUGCAGAUCAGAGUGGCAUGCGACUAGUAAACGUGGAACGGGCGUGUCUCUUGCUGACAACGAUUCACGUUUUGGUCAACGAGAUUGUCAACGCGAAGACCUUCACCCUCGGCUACAUCACCGGUUCCAAGAGACGGCCUGACGAUUUCGAGUACCAGAGACCUGGUACUCGUAUCUCUGGAGCUAUCACUCUCGCUGUUCAAGAGGUUAACGCUGGUGAACUAGGCAAACGCGGACAUAAAUUGGAGUUCCUGGUCGCUGAAACUUAUGGAGAAGAAGAAACGAGUAUUUUCAUGACCGCUGAACUUUGGACUAAAAAUAUUAGCGCUUAUAUUGGUCCUCAGGAGACUUGUAUUCAUGAAGGAAGAAUGGCGGCUGCUUUCAACCUUCCAAUGAUCUCAUAUUUCUGCACACAUCAGGAAACAUCAAACAAGAUUGAAUUUCCGACAUUCGCCAGGACUCGCCCGCCAGACACCCAAAUAUCAAAAUCCGUCGUUUCAGUAUUACUAGCGUUUAACUGGACAAAAGUCACAUUUAUGUACAUGAAUUCAAGUUUAUUUGAGUUCAAUAACAAAAUGUCAAGCGUAGCGAUGACGAUUCUGGAUUCAUUUGAGUCGUCUGGAAUCUCUGUAAAUUAUCUCCGCUGUUGGAAGGAGCCGUAUCACGUCACUCACAUGAACAAUCCGUUCCAUGAGCUCGUUGCGAGUACUUAUCGUGAAACGCGAAGAGACUACUGGGUAGUUGGAGUGGACCCGGAACAGUAUGACGAACAACAACCCGACAAGUAUCUUCGUGGUCUGUGGCAAAAGCAGACGGAUCUUUCAGUUCUUCGUGCUUACAGAAGUUACUUUAGUAUCGUAGCUUCGGCUCCAGUAAGCUUUGACAACUUUACCAGAUUAAUUCACGAGUACAGACAGAAGCCACCCUUCAACUUCAGUAAUCCACUGGCGAACGUUGGCGGAAUAGUUCAGAUAGUACCAGAGACGGCUUAUCUCUACGACGCUGUUCAUCUCUAUGAAAGAUCUCUUCUAGCUGCCUUAAAUGAGGGUCGUGAUCCUAGAGAUGGUCGCAAGAUGGUUGAAGCACUUCACGGGGUUCAUUAUCACAGCGCUAUGGGAUACAUGGUAUACAUGGAUAAAAAUGGUGACGCUGAAGGAAAUUACACACUGAUUUCUCUGGACAAUCGUUCGGACACCGGGCACGGGCUGUAUCCCAUCGGUUACUUUAUUGGAAAAGAAGAAGUAACAAGCCUGCCUAAAUUAAGACUGACAAAAGAAAUUAUGUGGCUGGGUAAUGGUCCGCCUCUUGCUGAACCACUCUGCGGAUAUCACGAUGAAAAGUGUAAUGCUCACACUGGAGAAAUAGUCGGUGGAAUUGCUGGAGGAUUACUCAUUAUUUUUAUAUCAAUUUCGUUGAUUCUUUAUCGCAAUUGGAAAUAUGAGCAAGAAUUGGAUUCACUUUUAUGGAAAGUCAAUUAUAAGGACAUUCAAAUACGGGAAAAUAAGGAUGAAAAUGUUAAUUGUGAAGCAAAGACACAUUCUAAGAUUGGAUUUUACAAGGGUAGGAUGUUUGCGGUUAAAAAAGUCCGUAAAAAAUCUAUUGAGAUUACGAGGGAAAUGAAGAAAGAAUUGAAGAUAAUGCGCGAUCUCAGGCAUGACAAUUUGAACGCUUUUAUUGGGGCUUGCACUGAUCCGCCUAACAUUUGUAUUGUUGUGGAAUAUUGUCCCAGAGGUAGCUUGAAAGAUAUUUUGGAAAAUGAAGAUAUGAAACUGGACAAUAUGUUCAUGGCUUCUCUGGUCGCGGAUAUUAUUCAAGGCAUGGUGUAUCUUCAUGAAUCAGUUCUAAAAUAUCACGGCAACCUAAGAUUGCUUUAUAAAGCGCCAGAAUUACUGAGAUCAACAGCGAUAGAAGAACCAACAGUGCGCGAUUAUCAAAAAGGAGAUGUGUAUUCAUUCGCAAUCGUGCUGUAUGAACUUCACGGUCGGCAUGGACCUUUCGGUAUAACAGAGCUAUCAGCUCCAGAAAUUUUGAAGCGGCUUAUUGUCCGAGAUGUUGGAGUACCUCCUUUCCGACCGUCAGUCGAUCAGCUGGAGAAUUGCUUCGACUUUGUACGCGACUGUUUGAUCGAAUGCUGGGCAGAAGAUCCUGAGAGCCGUCCAGACUUUAAGAUAAUACGAAACAAAUUACGGCCUCUGAGGAAAGGAAUGAAGCCAAAUAUUUUUGAUAAUAUGAUGGCGAUGAUGGAGAAGUACGCCAAUAAUUUAGAGGCUCUUGUAGAUGAACGUACGGAUCAGUUGACAGAAGAAAAGAAGAAAACCGAUGCGCUUUUAUAUGAAAUGUUACCCCGUUAUGUUGCUGAGCAAUUAAAACGAGGCCAUAAAGUCGAAGCUGAAGGGUUUGAUUGUGUCACCAUUUAUUUUAGUGAUAUUGUUGGAUUUACGUCGAUGUCUGCUGAAAGCACGCCGUUACAAGUUGUUGAUUUUCUUAAUGAUCUUUAUACUUGUUUUGAUUCUACCAUUGAAAAUUAUGAUGUUUACAAGGUUGAAACUAUUGGUGAUGCUUAUAUGGUGGUCAGUGGACUACCUAUCAGAAAUGGUAUCCAACACGCUGGAGAAAUAGCCAGUAUGUCAUUAUGUCUUUUAGACGCAAUAAAGCAAUUCUCUAUUCGUCACCGGCCAUUAGAAAAACUUCAACUGAGAAUAGGUCUUCAUUCUGGACCAGUUUGUGCCGGUGUUGUUGGCUUGAAAAUGCCAAGGUAUUGCCUUUUUGGUGAUACUGUUAACACUGCCAGUCGAAUGGAAUCUACAGGAGCUGCAUUAAAAAUCCACUGUAGUCAAGAAACAAAAAAACUCCUGGAUAAAUUGGGCGGAUUCAAGUUAGUAGAACGAGGAAUAGUUUCAAUGAAAGGAAAAGGAGAGCGUUUGACUUACUGGUUGAUAGGCGAAGAUCCAAUUCAGAGGGCAGAACGCACCAACGAUCGAUGGGAGCGUAGAAAUGGCGUCGGAGGGAAGAAAGCGGUCCAAGAUCUUUUGGUCCCGAAGAGUUCUUUGAAAAACAAGUCAUUAACGCGCACCACUUUCUUAAGAUGCUCCAGCGAGUCGCCCAAGCGGCUCAGAUUCUCCAGUUCUGAUCAGUUGAACAAAAACUGUCCCGUUAUCAGCAAUGAACUGGAGUGUAUUGUCGACAGCAGCCCUUGCAAGGGUAAAGGACUCUGUUCCAUCCGUUCUAAUUGCAUGGAAAGCUCAAGAUCCUCCAGCAAUUCUUGUCCGUGCGUUGAACAAUUGUGCGAGUCGGACGACAAUCAUAAAAAUGACAUGAUUAACAACAUUUGUAAUGACGAACAGUAUUUUAGAAGGGCAUUGUACUUUGGUAAUAAUAAAAUCUCGUUGGACGGCAAUUGUCGCUCGGCUCCCAGCAGCCCUAGACAUGGUUCUAUGAUUUUGAGCUCCCAAAAAAGAAUCGUGCAAUCCAGUGAAGAAGUCGAUGGAUGCGAUGCUACGCCUUUAAUUAGAUCGGCAACUUGCGUUGAAUGA